GACCCUUCAGGUUUAGAGAGGCUAAGCCUCCCCGAGCCUUCAUUACAAUCCGCCCAUGCUUCCUUCCUUUCUUGUAUGGGGCUGUAGGGAGGGCCGGACACUUUAUAAACUUGCCUACAAACUUUGAGACAUGACACAGAGCUCAGAGAUCCCAGGAUCCCAGUACUGCUGCCACUGCUGCCUUAUCCCUGUGCUGCCGGUGCCUUCUUCUACCACUGUCCUUCUGAGCCCCCCUUCACUGCCACAUGAUGAGUCGACUUCUGCAGAGCAUAUUGGGGGUUCUGCUCUCAGCUCAGUUGGGGAUCCUAUCGCUCGCCGACCAGAACCUGCCAAACUUUACUUGCAUUGGAGAGUCCUGUUAUCUUGCCAUCUGGAACAGCAAGAAGUACAAGAAGGCAGAGAGACAGUGCAGUGACCUGGGGGGGCAUCUGAUGGCCGUGCGAAGCUCUGUGGAAGCCGAAGUCAUUGAGGUGCUCAUGGGCAAAUCUGCCGACUCAGUGGCCAGUGUGUGGAUAGGGCUGGAGCUGAAACAGAAGUGCAUGGAUAUCUCCCUGCCCCUGAGAGGAUUUCAGUGGGUGACAGGUGAGAGUGACACCAAUUAUUCCAACUGGAAGAGCAAUGACAUAAAAUGUGGGGAUCUGUGUGCGGUCGUUCACAGGGACCUGUUCUGGGAAGAAGCCCUUUGCACUUCCAAAACAGAUGGAUAUUUGUGCGAGAUCCCUUACUCUGCUUCAUGCCAACCCAUUUUUUUACCCCAAGGGUACGACAUCACCUACAAAACACCCCUGGGCAUGGCAGACCCAGGAAUCACCUUUCUGCCCCCUGAGACCAAGGCAGACAUACCCAGUGCCCACCUUUCACUAGUAUGUGGAGAUCAAGGUGAUGGAGAGAUGAAAUGGGCCUCUGAUGAGUUUGGAGCUUGGAACUGCAUGAUUGAAAAUGGGGGGUGUUCCUUUAUUUGUAAUGGGGAUACCGGGGUCUCAAAGUGUGAGUGCAGCCAAAACAUGAUCCUAAGUGAUGAUGGUAGGAGCUGUAUCCCCCCACCAAGUAGUCUGCAGUGCAUCCCUGACCAGUCAACUGGCACCUGUGUGUGUGCUGAGGGCUUCUCCCCGGCAGAGGAUGGAAGGACAUGCCAAGAUAUUGAUGACUGUGCCCUCAUCCCAGAUAUCUGUGAGCAGAGUUGCAUCAACACAGAGGGGAGCUUCAUAUGCACCUGCUUUGAUGGCUAUGAGAUGAUUGAUGGGCAAUGCGAAGACAUCAACGAAUGUGACAUCCCAACCACCAUCUGCGAGUAUGACUGCGAAAAUUUCCCUGGGGGGUACAACUGUGUCUGUGGUGAAGGUUACAUCGUUGACGAGAAAAAUCCUAAAAAGUGCAACCAGUUUUGCAACAGCACCAUCUGCCCUGCUUUCUGCAAUGACAACUUUGUUGACCAAUGCAAUUGCCCCGAAGGAUAUGUUCUGGACACAGAUGAAGAAUCUACAUAUCUGUGCAGAGAUAUUGAUGAAUGUGAAUCUAGAUUUUGCAAAGAUUUGUGUCAUAAUUUGCCUGGAAACUACAUCUGCUAUUGCCCAGAGGGCUUCAUCCUUGAGAAGGACAAUUCUUGUUCUCCUGCUGAAGGUUCAGGUGAAGGCAUCACAACCACAACAUUGCAACCUUUUAAACCAACUCCAUCUGGGGGUGACCAUUAUAUUCAGCAGCCCAUUAUGGCUUUUGGAAUCUGUGUGGGCAUCUUGUCCAUUCUCAUUGUCUUCAUAGCCAUCAUUUGCCACCUGGUGAGGAAGCACCACAUGGACCAAGCAACACUAGACUGUAAGAACCCAGAGAAAGGUGUGGUGCUCCAGCAGGUGAAAACAACAUCCUCGGUGAAAUUAUAGCAACUGUGCACUGCCACAAUGCAACAACUUUGCCCCCUCAAAAAAAAUUCUUCUUCACCGGGAUAAUGACAAGCAGGUGGAUACAGCUAACAGCUGGGUAAGGCUCACUUAUGCUCCAGGUCAGGUAUCCAGAGAGUAUGUUUCUGGCAACUUUGUUCAAUAUUUGUGUAAUCACUUGGGUGGAAGGUGUCAAGGAGCCGGGGAGCAGUAACCCCAGAAUAUAAAAACAGAAAAUCACUUUAUAUGCAUGUAAUAUAUGCUGUAAAUCAAGAAUGUCCAAACCAUUUGUAGAAAACAUUGUAUUUUAAUGUUACCUUUCAUAUAGCAGAGCUUGUAACCCCGACCUAUAAAGCAGUAUUAUUUAAAGUUCCAGAAGACACAUCAGUCUUCUUUACAGGAUAGGAAUAACUAUCUCUUCAGUUUCAAUGCAGUAUUUUGAUGUUUUGGUCUUACUGGUCCUUUAGCACCACUGUCUGCUGCUAUGGGCUUUUAAACAUACAACUGAGUUGUGCAAAUGCUCUGUCUGCAGCAAACAGGCACAAUGAGAGGUAUAACAUGUUCAUCUUCAUCAAAGGUCUCCUCUAAAGGUAUGUUCAAUGAUAUAUCACUGGCAUCAUGACAUUGAAGGGCUUUUUCACCUUUAAAAUAACUCUUAGUAGGAUGUAGAGAGUAAUAUACUGUGUAGGUUUUCAUUUUUUUAAUAUUUGUUUUUGAGUUAUUUAACUUUUUAUGCAGCAGCUGACCGGUUUGCAAUUUAAGCCAUUUGAUUGCUAGGAUUCAUAUUACCCUCACAAAUUGAUUUGAAUAAGAGACUGCAAUGUGAAUAGGAGAGGCCUGAAUAGAAAGAUGAGGACUAAAAAGUAGUA